AUAAACGGCGAGGCGCGCGCGGACGAGAGGAGGAGUUGCGGCAAGGUCGCGGCAGCAUCACGCUAAAAGUAAACCACGCCGAGCUCGAUUCACGGACACUGAAACCUCCGAGUCCCGCCAGUCCGAACAGCCCGAACAGAAUUUACAUCAAGCGCGCGCGAGAACUCGUGGGGAGUUGCGUUCCGGGUGCGCGCGGAUUCCCCAUUUGCAUCCGCAUGUGCGCGUCGCGCUGCGGGUUUGGAGGGACGAGCGGCGCGUUAUUUCUGUCUUCCUGCAGCAUCUGCUUGUGAGCGUUCUUUUUUGUGAAGGUUUUGGACAUUUUGUCAUGUCGACGUCUCCUCCAUCCGCUACUCGGAGCGACCUGCUCCCGCUACCCGAACCGGACGCGCUGAAACCUGCCGGUCCGACGCCGAGCCAGAGUCGCUUUCAGGUGGAUCUGGUGUCCGAGUCCGCCGGUGACGGGCACACUACCCCAGACUCAUCCCCACCCGAUUACACGCCCGAGCCGCCGCGGGAGUGCGCGCCCGGCGGAGAGGAAGCCAAAGGCCGGUUUCGGGUGGUGAACUUCGCGGCCUCGAGUCCGGACGCCGCGCCGGCGGAGAGCGCGCAGAACGGGGACACGGUGAUGAGUGAGGGCAGCCUGCAUUCAUCCACCGGCGGCCAGCAGCAUCAUCACUACGACACCCACACCAACACGUACUACCUCCGUACCUUCGGGCACAACACCAUCGACGCCGUGCCCAACAUCGACUUUUACCGGCAAACCGCCGCGCCGCUGGGCGAGAAACUCAUCAGACCCACCCUGUCCGAACUACAUGACGAGCUGGACAAGGAGCCGUUUGAAGAUGGUUUCGCUAAUGGAGAUGAGUUGACCCCUGCUGAAGAGGCCGCGGCUAAAGAAGCAUCGGAGUCUAAAGGAGUGGUGAAGUUCGGCUGGGUUAAAGGAGUGCUGGUGCGCUGCAUGUUAAACAUAUGGGGCGUAAUGCUGUUCAUUCGCAUGACGUGGAUCGUGGGUCAUGCUGGAAUCGCGUACUCUUGCAUCAUCGUGCUGAUGGCGACCGUCGUGACGUCCAUCACAGGCUGCUCCACCUCAGCCAUCGCCACCAACGGCUUCGUACGAGGAGGUGGGGCGUAUUAUCUGAUCUCCAGGAGUUUAGGUCCAGAGUUUGGCGGCUCUAUCGGUUUGAUCUUUGCCUUUGCUAACGCUGUAGCUGUGGCCAUGUAUGUGGUGGGUUUUGCUGAAACCGUCGUGGACCUGUUACUGGAUGCUGGGAUGGUGAUGUUGGACAAGAAUAAUGACAUCCGGAUCGUCGGCACCAUCACCGUCAUUCUGCUGUUGGGUAUUUCAGUGGCUGGGAUGGAAUGGGAGGCAAAGGCUCAAAUAUUCCUCCUGGUCAUUUUGGUGACAGCCAUCUUCAACUACUUCAUCGGAUCUUUCAUCGCUGUGGAGUCCAAACAGAAGUACGGCUUCUUCGGCUAUGAUGCUGGCAUCUUGGCAGAAAACUUUGGUCCAGACUUUCGAGGUGAAACCUUCUUCUCCGUCUUCUCCAUCUUCUUCCCAGCGGCCACAGGCAUACUGGCCGGCGCAAACAUCUCAGGAGAUCUGGCAGACCCUCAGAUGGCCAUCCCCAGAGGAACAAUGUUGGCCAUUCUCAUCACAGGACUGGUGUAUGUGGGUGUGGCUGUCUCCACAGGUGCUUGUAUCGUGAGAGACGCCACCGGUGAGGAAUAUAACUUUACUCUGAGCGCCGGGGCUGUAAACUGUAGUGACGCCGCCUGUAAGUUAGGCUACAACUUCAGUCAGUGUACAUCUCAAAAUCACUGCAAAUACGGCCUUUACAACGACUUCCAGGUCAUGAGCGUGGCGUCUGGGUUCAGUCCUCUCAUCACAGCCGGGAUCUUCUCAGCCACCCUCUCCUCUGCCCUGGCGUCUCUCGUCAGUGCUCCUAAAGUGUUUCAGGCUUUAUGUAAAGAUAACAUCUACCCCGGCAUCGCAGGCUUUGCGAAGGGUUACGGUAAAAACAACGAGCCCCUGCGGGGAUAUUUCCUCACCUUUGGCAUCGCUUUGGCUUUCAUUCUCAUCGCCGAUCUGAACAUCAUCGCUCCCAUCAUUUCAAACUUCUUUCUGGCCUCGUACGCUCUCAUCAACUUCUCGGUGUUUCACGCCUCGCUAGCUAAUUCCCCCGGAUGGAGGCCAAGCUUCAAGUAUUACAACAUGUGGGUGUCUCUGACCGGAGCCGUCCUGUGUUGUGUGGUCAUGUUUGUCAUCAACUGGUGGGCGGCCCUGUUGACCAACGUCAUCGUCAUGUCGCUUUACAUUUAUGUCAGCUAUAAGAAGCCAGAUGUGAACUGGGGUUCAUCCACUCAAGCGUUGACAUAUCAUCAGGCUCUGGCACACAGUUUACAGCUCUGCGGUGUAGCCGAUCACGUCAAAACAUUCAGGCCUCAGUGUUUGGUCAUGACGGGACCUCCUACCUGUCGUCCGGCACUUCUUCAUCUGGUUCAUGCUUUCACAAAGAAUGUUGGUCUGAUGCUGUGCGGCCACGUGCGAGCCAGCUCACGUCGACCAAACUUGAAAGAGUUGAACAGUGACAUGAUUCGCUAUCAACGCUGGCUCCUGCACAACAACUCAAAAGCGUUUUACACCUCCGUCGUCUCUGAAGACCUUCGACAGGGAACUCAAUUCUUACUGCAGGCGGCUGGACUCGGUCGACUGAGGCCCAACAGUUUAGUUCUGGGCUUUAAGAAUGAUUGGAGGAUUGGAGAUAUUAAAGAGGUGGAGACGUACAUCAACAUCAUUCAUGAUGCGUUUGACUGUCAGUAUGGUGUAGUGAUUCUUCGGCUGAGAGAAGGACUUGAUAUCUCCCACAUUCAGGGUCAAGAUGACACUUCAGCUAUAAAAGAUGUGGUGGUGUCAGUGGACACAAGUAAAGAUUCUGACGGAGACUCCUCCAAACCCUCAUCCAAAACCACCAGCGUCCAGAACAGCCCGGCUGUCCAGAAAGAUGAGGAUGAUGAUGGCAAAGCUCACACUCGGCCGCUCUUGAAGAAAGCCAGAACAUAUAAAAGGAGUCCAACUGUUCCUCUGAAUGUGGCCGAUCAGCAGCUGUUAGAUGCCAGUCAGCAGUUCCAGAAGAAACAGGGCAAGGGCACAGUAGAUGUGUGGUGGCUCUUUGAUGACGGAGGUCUGACUCUUCUGAUCCCCUAUCUCAUCGCCAACAAGAAGAAGUGGAAGGACUGUAAGAUCAGAGUGUUCAUCGGUGGAAAGAUCAACAGAAUCGACCACGAUCGCAGAGCAAUGGCCACAUUGCUCAGCAAGUUUAGGAUCGAUUUCUCUGACAUCACUGUCCUGGGUGACAUCAACACCAAGCCUAAGUCAAAGGGUUUGGAAGAGUUUGCUGAAAUGAUUGAGCGGUAUAAACUGAGAGAGGAUGACAUGGAGCAGGAAGCUGCUGAGAAGUUGAAGAGCGAGGAACCCUGGAGAAUCACCGACAAUGAGCUGGAGCUCUACAAAGCCAAGAGUAAUCGUCAGAUCCGACUAAAUGAGCUGUUGAAGGAGCACUCCAGCACGGCAAACCUCAUUGUCAUGAGCAUGCCGCUGGCCAGGAAAGGAGCCAUCUCCAGCGCUCUGUACAUGGCCUGGCUGGACACCAUAUCCAAAGACCUGCCACCCAUCCUCUUAGUGCGUGGAAACCAUCAGAGCGUCCUCACCUUCUACUCGUAAAGAGAUCACAGACACAUGUAAACGCACACUUACCAGCACACAAUGAUAAUCUAAUGAUGAUGAGACACUUUCUGUAGCUCACUGGUUUCAACAUUUGAAACGUUCCUCAACGGCGUGGAGGUCUGCAUGGAAGAUCAACAUUUGACGGUUUAUAUUGUCUUUGAGUCAAAGGUUUCUGAGCACACGUUGUAACACUAAUUGUCGGUAUCAUUAUUAUGACACAACUUUUUGAGUUGUGGAUUCUUUUUUCCUCUUUCGUACUUCUUGUUUGCUCUUAAUGAAGCAAUAAUCACCUCAUUUCUUCUUUUCUCUCUUGGAAGAAAACCACAAAGUUCUUUGCCACACUUCUAGCCUUGGUGACGUGCCUUCCUGUUCAAUCGCAUCAACUUUUCCACUCCGGCCCUGACUGCUGAUUUAUAAUGUAGAUUUCGAUGAUCGUUUUUAUUGGGUUUUAAAUGUGAAGCUUGAUUUUAUCACGCGUUUUAAUGCGAGUGGAGUUCAUUGGAAACUUUCCACUGCACUUCAUUUCAAAUCUUGUAUUGUAGACCGUUUUUCCUCUUUUUCAGAGUUUGACGUCUUCCUUUAGGCAUCGUGUUGUGGCCAUGUUUCAAUGAUCAAACGUGAAGGCUAUUUGAAGGAGCCAGUAGAGUUUUCGUUGUCCCCCUGCGAGCGGUUAAUAUAAAUUCCACUUCUGGAUCUCAGAUUCCACAAACACAAUAGACCAAGAGAGAGAGACCACCUUUGCCUUAUUAGAUUGACCUUCUGAUUGUUGUUUAUUGGGUUUUGAAGCCAUCGCUUGAUCGAUAGGCAGAUACAGAUCGAGACGUCCGAAGCAGAAUGUCAUGUUGCCCAUCACUUCAUUCGUACGGAAACGUUUGGCUGAUUUGUCCCUUGACCAAAGUCCAAUCAUGUUAAAGAAAUCCCCUCGUAAAGGGUCCCUGUAGGACUGUUCAUUUUCAUCCAUCAUGUCUGUCUGGGACUCAAUCAAAGACGUCUUGAAUUGUGCUUUCAGUGUUGAAUGUGAUUUGUUCUUCUAUGCAGGUGAUUGUGUGCGACACACACACACACACACACAAGCGUCAGCUUCUCCUCUGUGUGUUACUGAAUGUCUUUAAUAAAGUCAUAAUAACAGACUGAAGUUGAUGAAAAGGGUCUUCACACUCAUUAUGAAGCGGCUCGCUUUAUCUUUUCUUUUUCCUGCACUGAAGUUCUUUUUCUUUGCGGUUUCUCUUUCAGAUUCUGAGCGUGUAAGAUUCACCAUACCUGAGAAAUAUCCUGAUGUUAGAAUGAAUAUAUUCAUAUUUAUAGUUCUCAAUAUAUGUGAGGAUUUACUAGUACUUAAGUGUGUGCUGCAUGUAUCUUUGAUUUGAUAUUUGAAGUGGAUGGAUUCAGUGAAGCCGAUGGUACAAUCUCACCUGUUAGAAGUCUGUUAUGUGUUUGUGUGACUGUACAGCGCUCGGUUCACUCGAAUCACCACCAUUUCAUCCAUUAACCAUUUCACACAUUAUAUUGUACUUUUGGUGUGGAGAAACCGAGAGAGUCAAUCGCAAACAUAUAUGGCGUGUCGGUCAGGUAGCUGUAGGUUUUCACACCGUAUCGCUGUUGUUUUCUGUGUCAGUGAUGAAGCAGAAUGUGUGGCCAAACGUCUGUUUUACUGCGCUGGAGAACAUUCACAGUUUCUUAACAAAGAUCAACAAGCACCCGAGUGAUGUUGGCACUGUACUUCCAUACUAACCUGUAAAUAUAUCUUUAUAGUCUCAACACGUUCAUGACGGCAGUGGACUCAUAGCUGCGCAUUAAUCUGCUGAAUUAUAUUUAUUACACUCUCUUCUGUUACCCCACUUUCCUUUGAAAUAGUUUUAGUUUUGUGUGGAUUUUAGUUUUCUUUUGGGGUUUGUUUUCUUACGUCUCGUGUUUGGUCACAUUUCUCUUUUAUAUUGAUUUGUUUUCUGAAGAACACUACGUUGACCAGAGGUUUGUGUUGAAGGUGGAUCAUAAAUGAUCCGGCUGUAACAGUAAUGUUUUGAUAAACUGUACUCUUAUUAUGUCACAUGCUUUUUUUCUAACGUUUUACCAGUUACGAGUAUCAAUGCUUAUUGCAAUAUAUAAAUAAACAAAUGAAAAGCA